AUGGAAGCUGCUAAACGACGAGGUCUAUUACGUGAUGAUACUGAAUAUGAAAGAUGCAUGGCUGAAUCCGUUAUCUUCCAGAUGCCACAACAGUUAAGAACACUUUUCUUUGUGAUACUUCUAUACUAUAAUCCAACAAAAUCGAUUGAUCUCUGGAAUUCGUUUAAAGCACAUAUGGCCGAGGACUUCAUGCAACAGGUGGAUGCUGAAAAUGCAGAAGCAAUGGCAUUUUAUGCAAUCGAUGAAAAUCCGAAAGAACAAGGUCGAAGUUGCAGUGAUUUUGGUAUACCAUCACCAACAUCUGUUUCUUAUUCAUUUGAAUCAAAAAUAAUCAACAAAGAAGAAGAACUUCGAAUAGGACAAGAAAUGUAUGCAAUGUUGAAUCAAGAUCAACGUUCAGCAGCAGAUGUAAUUCUUGCAGCUCGUCGUAAACAAUCAACCACUGUUGGCUCAUGUUUCUUCAUAGAUGGGUCUGGAGGUACAGGAAAAACCUACCUUUAUAAUACCCUGUACCAUUUAUUCAUAGGACAAGACGUCCAUGUUAUGUCAGCUGCUUGGACAGGGAUUGCUGCAAGUUUACUGCCUGAAGAAAGAACUGUACACAGGCGUUUCAAACUUCCUGUACCUAUCUUAGAAACGUCUACAUUCAACAUUCGGCCGAACAGCAAGGAAGCUGAAGAAAUUAGAAAAACAGAAGUUUUCAUUGGCGACGAAGCACCAAUGGCUCCAUCGUAUGCUCUCAAGGCAGUUGAUAUCUUGCUGAGAGAUAUAAUGAAUAUCAAUGCACCUUUCGGAGGAAAAAUUAUGAUACUUGGUGGAGAUUUUCGACAAGUUCUUCCAAUCAUUCGACUUGCAAACAGAUCAGAUCUAGUUGCAGCAAGUCUCACAAGUUCUGACUUCUGGUCUUACUUCAAGGUAAUGCAUCUACACCAGAAUAUGAGAACAGGACCAGGUGAAGAAAAGUUCUCAAAAUGGCUUAUUAAACUUGACAAUGGUGAAUUAACAUCAAACGAAUAUGUCGAAGUCGAAUUGCCUAGCUCCUGCAUGUUACACUAUAAUUUGGUCGACGAGAUAUUUGGCCAAUAA